AUGAAGAAAAAACCAGAACUAAUCUUCAUUCCCUCACCAGGGAUUGGACACUUAGCUUCAUCACUUCAAUUUGCAAAACUCUUAAUCAAAACUAAUACCAACCUUUUCAUCACAGUCCUAUGCAUCAAUCUUCCAAACACUCCUAUUUCAGAUUCAUACAUCAAAUCAGUUCUUAACUCACAACCUCAAAUUCAUCUCAUUCAUCUCCCUCAAGUUGAAUCACCACCAAAUGAGCUAUUAAUAUCACCACCAUGCUACAUCAAAACCCUCAUGCAUAACCUCACACCUCAUGUCAAAUCCACCAUUCAAACCAUUUUAUCGUCUUCUUCAAACCAUGUUGUUGGUUUAGUCUUAGAUAUCUUCUGUCUUUCUAUGAUUGACGUUGGAAAUGAAUUUGGAAUCCCUUCUUAUUUGUUUCUAACAUCAAAUGCUGGUUUCUUGGGGUUCAUGCUUUCCUUUCGAAACCGUCGAAUCGAUGAUGUGUUCAAUGAUUCUGAAUCCGAGUUGUUAAUUCCUGGUUUCACUAAUCUAGUACCUUCAAGUGUGUUACCUAAUUCUGCUUAUAGUAAAGGUGGUUAUGAGGUUUAUUAUAAUCUUUCAAAGAGAUUCAAUGACACCAAAGGAAUUAUUGUUAAUACAUUUUCAGAUUUGGAACAGUAUUCAAUUGAUGCAUUAUCUAAUCAUGAUGAAAAAAUCCCUCCUAUCUACGCUGUUGGACCUUUGUUAGAUCUCAAAGGCAACCCUAGUGCUAAGUUAGACCAAGCUCAACGUGAUGUUAUAUUGAAAUGGCUAGAUGAACAGCCUAAUAAAUCUGUUGUUUUUCUAUGUUUUGGAAGCAUGGGAGUUAGCUUUGUUCCAUCUCAAGUAAGAGAAAUAGCAUUAGGACUUAAGAAUAGUGGAGUUAGGUUUCUGUGGGCUUUAAAGUCUCCACCAGAAGGGUUUUUAGAAUGGAUGAAAUUGGAAGGUAAGGGAAUGAUAUGUGAAUGGGCACCUCAAGUUGAGAUAUUAUCACAUAAGGCUAUUGGUGGGUUUGUUUCACAUUGUGGAUGGAAUUCUAUUUUGGAAAGUUUGUGGUUUGGUGUGCCAAUAUUGACAUGGCCUAUUUAUGCAGAACAGCAGCUUAAUGCUUUUAGGAUGGUGAAGGAAUGGGGUCUAGCUGUGGAGUUGAGAGUGGAUUAUAGAAAGGGUAGUAAAGAUGUUGUUAUGGCUGAAGAGAUUGAGAAAGGGUUGAAGAGUUUGAUGGAUAGAGAUAACAUUGUGCAGAAGAAGGUUCAAGAGAUGAAGGAGAUGGCAAGGAAUGCUGUUGUUAAUGGUGGAUCUUCUUUCAUUUCUGUUGAAAAACUCUUUGGUAAUAUGAUAGGAAGCAACUGA